UUCCACUCAAGUUGUUUUUGCUAGCUGCUUUUUUUGCUUGCUAUUUCGUGUCGUGGGUUAAUUGAAGUAACAGACUUUUACUUGAGGAUGGUUUUAGACUACUUUGGCAGCAAGAUGAGCAAACUGUCAGAGAAGAGUCAGAAUAAAUGGGGUUUGUGGUGGUCUUGCAGAGGAGAGAAAGUUUCAGGCAGAGAAGUGUGGUUAUGUAAGACCUGAGCUUAGGAACUUGUUUUUGUGCUGCACUUUUAGAGCGUGACGUUGCUUUGGGCUCAGAUGUGGUUUGAGUUUCUCAGUGUGAAGUGAAUAAAGCAAAGCCCAGCACAUCCACAAUGAGAGAGAGCAGGCUUUUCAUACUGGACAUCAAUAUUAGAUGUGAUAUCAGGAGUGUUUUUGGAAACUGGAGAUUUAUUAUUAAUAAAUAAAUAAUACUAAUACUAAUAAAUAAAUGAACACAUGGCUUUGGUGAGCAUUCCACCCUGGUAUGCUUCUUUGGCUUUCGGAAUGAUGAACUGUUUUUCAGUACAUACGCAGUGGCAGGAACUGUUUACUAACAUGUCAAAUUAGAUUAAGGGCUUGAUUCACAUGCUGGCAAAGUUUGUUACAGUGACAUUUCUCAGAUUGCCUGCUUACUGUAAAGUUUACAGCUGUAUUAUAUCAACACAGUUUUGUCUUUCAGUUUACUUACACUGCAUUUCCAAAAGUAUCCAGACAACCUUUCUGAAUAGUGACUUUCUAAUGCACCCAUUGCUGACUUGGGUGUUCAACUGCGCACUCACAAGUUGUAUAAUCUCAAUAGAAAAGCACUGCUAAUAGAUGGGGUCGCUCUGGAGUGCUCAUGAGCCUAAGGUCACGAUACCCAAUGUCAAGCAUCACUUACAGGGGUAUGAAGCCCCCAGCAUUGGGCUUUGGAGCAGUGGAACUGCGUUCAUUGAAGUGAUGGAGCACCAUCCAGUGUUGGGAUGAGUUGGAGUGGUGUAUGUGAUCCAGAACUAAUCAGCCAACAUCAGUUAUUGACCACACUAAUGCUCUUGUGGCUAAAUACAAUCUAAUCCUCAAAACAGUGUUCCAACUUUAAGUGAGGUCUUCCCAGAAAAGUAGAGGCUGUUAUAGCUGUGAAGGAGGAAAAACUCACUAUUAAUACACUUAAGAACAGGUGUAUAAAAAGUUUGGAUAUACAGUCAGCAAAAAUUCUGUUGAUGUAAUAUAUUUUAUUUGUGUGGAAGCUAUGUACACAUUCAUAGCACUAUUUUCCCAGUAUACCUAUGUUAUUCUGACAAAAACAGAUGUAAUCUGGGCAGUGAGCCCACGAUAUGGCAGGAUGUAGCUGUCAUGUUGUUUUUUUCUUCCAUCCUGGUUUGUCAUGUAGGGCUUCGAUUUGGCUUGUGGGUUUACAGGAGGACUAAAUGUACGUCUUUGUGAAAACACAUCUGUAAACUGUUUAUUGUUUUCAUGGCCAAGAACUAAAUGCUUUCUUAUACGAAAAGCAAAAGCUAAGCAGCAAAUUGUAAAAGAAUAUUGAUUUGAUUAUAAAGGUCCAUAAAACGACUGUUGCAAUCUCAAAAAUAUCCAGCCAGACUCACACAAAGGCUUUUUUUCCCUUUUUGGAGUGGAGAAGAUGUGUUUGGGAAGGAUCAUGGCUGUUACUGGGUGGUGUCAUGUGUGUGUGUGUGUGUGUGUGUGUCUAACAUUACUGGGCCAAACUAUAAAUGCGCUGAGUUGCGUAACACCGCCCCCCGAUGCACUACGGAUCCGAAUGGUCAUGGGAAAGAGCAGCACAGUCUGUCCCUCUGACAAUUUCCUGUCCUGCAGCCACCUGGCAUGUACACAUAAACACAGUAUACAGUACAUUUAGACAGCCUGCGCAGAUAUAUAUGCAAACAGAUGUAUGUGUGUUUAUUACCUUUGGAUUCCAUGGAAAACAAAGGCGAAUAUGUGAUGGUAGCAGAGUCUCUGGUGCUUGAGGAUGGGGAUUUCCUGAUUCGCGAUUCUCUCACCAGUUUGGGAGACUACGUCUUAACCAGCCGCUGGAAUCAGAAGCCUCUCCACUUCUUAAUCAGCAAAGUUCUGCUGCGAUCCAGUGAUACGUACACACGAGUGCAAUACAUUCUCGAAGGGGAAACGUUUGACUCCAUUCAAGCCUUGGUUCAUUUCUAUGUGGGCAGUCAGACAGCUUUAACCAAGCAGAGUGGGACGCAUGUUUACUCCCCAGUAAACAGAACUCUACCACUGCGUUAUCUAGAGACAAUGUUUGGCCAGGCUAGUCCGGAGGGGACUCCAGUAACCUCCCCCACGCACAGGAAGGGAAGCCUGAAGAAAAGAGAAAGCAAAGCAGCGACUGAAGCUCUGGCAAUAGAGCUAAUAAACCCCCAAAGGGAGGCAGUCAAGAGCUUUGCUGGAAGCCUGGAACAGCGCGUUGUGGUGACAACAUCCCCAGCACCAAUAAACACAUUGUACAGACGUAGAAGGAGUCCAUCACGCAACAGGAAGUUUGUUGUAGUCCCUUCAUCACCCGUCCUGGAAAAACCUAUUGAAACACAGCUCUGCACCUCCCCUAAUGAUAGUGCUGUCAUCUAUCUAGAGCCCACAGUCAAAAUCUGGUCUAGCAUGACAAAGUCCUGUCAAAGCCCAACUGCAGAGCCCGCCAACCUGCAGUCCAGUUCAGCCGUCUCCCCACCCAGCCCUGGUCAUAUUGAGCACAGUGGACAAGAGGACCAGACUGUGACUGGUUUCAUGGAGGAGGACAAUGAGGAUUACUUAAUGCCUCUUGUGGCUGAAACAGCCUCCAGUUUCAGCCCCAGCAUGUACCAGUCAGCCCUGCUCCCUGCAGAGAAUAAACCACUAGAGACAAGAGUCCUGAGGAGAGUUAAGGAGGUGCUUACAGAUGCUGAUACGAAAACAAUGGCUAUGCACAUCACCAAAGUUGACUGCAUGGUUGCUCGAAUACUGGACAUUCCUGAUGACCGAACAAGAGGAAUGGGAGUGAGUUCAGGAAUGGAGCUGCUUACACUUCCACAUGGCCACUAUCUCCGACAAGACCUACUGGAAAGGUUCCACACCAUGUCCAUCAUGCUGGCGGUGGAGCUGCUAGGUUGCACAGGCAGUGUGGAGGAAAGAGGAGCUCUACUGCACAGAACUAUCUCACUGGCCUCAGAGCUGAAGAGUAACUUGGGCAACAUGUUUGGCUUUACUGCAGUAAUGAAAGUCUUGGAACUUCCCCAGAUUUCACGGUUGGAGGACACGUGGACAGUUUUACGCCAGAAAUACACAGAAAGUGCAGUCCUGUAUGAGAAAACCCUGAGGCCCUUUUUGAAGAGACUGAAUGAUGGAAAAGAGAUGUGUGAUCCUUCAAAGACAACUGUCCCCCACGUGCUACCUGUGCUGCUCCUGCUUGAGAAGAGUGCAGUCAGUCUUGAAGGAUUGGAGUCAUGGGAGAGUCUGGACGCUGGGAUGGACUGUUUGCUGGGUCAUUUAGAUGCUGCACGUACCAUGGCAUGCCACGGGGAGACGUUCUGUUCUAGUGCAAAAGCAAAACUACAGGGUUUCCAAGAGCAGCCAGAUCUUCUAGAAAUUUUCCUCACAGAGUUUCAGAUGCGUCUCCUUUGGGGCAGCCGCGGGGUGGAGGAGAGCAGGGAGGAGCGCUAUGAGAAGUUUGAUAAAGUGCUAACAGCCCUUUCUAACAGACUGGAGCCACCUCACCCACCACAGUAACAUCACAUCAGACAUCACGCUACAUGUGACUGUGAAACAUGUCUGUUUUCUUUUUUUUGAUCAAUACCACAGGAUGACUUAGGAAAGCAUUAUGCAACACAGUGUGACUGAUCAAGAUAAGUUAUUUGUUUUUAACUUUUAUACAGUUUUGUAAAUAAUGUAGAUAUAUCCUGUCCAGAUUUGUAUUUUUUGUGAUUUAUGAUUAACAGCACCUUGGUUUAUUUCUAUUAAAAAUUGGUCGUAAUUACCGUAUAAAUGUCUUUAUAAAUUACACUAUUAUAAUAAACUAUGUAUUAUUUUAUACUGA